AGCAAUAAAUAGCUUAACUGCAGAUGAUUUUAUCAUUGGUGGAAAAAAUGUUAUCUGCGAAAUUGAUAAGAGUAAAUUUAAAAAAUACGAAGAUUUUUGGAUUGUUGGAGGCAUUGAACAUACUGAAAAGAAAAAAUGCUUUUUUGUACUCACAGAUAAUCGUGAAGCUGCAACCUUAAGAAAUAUCAUAAAACAACAUGUUAGAGAACGUUCUAUAAUAUAUACAGAUAAAUGGCACGGAUAUUCACAUCUCGAUUCAUUAAACAUGAAACAUCGUAGGGUAAACCACUUCAAAAAUAGAAUAGAAAGAGAAACUGGUGUACAUACAAACAAUAUCGAAGGAUUAUGGAACAGA